GGGCACUCGACGGGGCUUGCCAGGAGGCACUGCGACACAUGGCGGCAGAGGUGACAGGGUUGUCGUCAGAUGCGGCUGACCUGGCAGCGCUUGUACGACGAGAGGUGGAUAAACGGUUCGAGCAGCUGUCCAGCCGCUACCCUGCCUACCCGGACAUCGUAUGGCUGGACGUGUGGGAGGAGACGGAGGGGCGGUGGUUGGCCCAGAGCCUCAAGGAGGAGCUGUUGUGCAAGGCAGCGGCUGAGCGGUGGUCUACAGUGGUGGUUCAGCUGAAGAGGGAGCUGUGGGAGGUUAUGCGCGGGGACAUUCCAGCAGUCGACAUGCGCGCUGUGUCGGUAGCAGGUGCCUGUACAGGCCAUUUUGGUGAUGGGUAACGCAUCGAUUCAUGGAAAGCGGGCGCUUUCGCGCUCUCGUAUUGUAUAGCGUUGUGGUCAUCACGUCAAGCUCUUGGGGAGCCGUACAUACGGUGGUUAGCACGGUUGGCAGUAUGAGGCUUGCAAGGUCUGGCAAGGAAAUAAAGACACUCGCUUCAACAACAUACAUUUUAAUUACAUCGCUUGGAAUCCGCCGCGAUCGUGCAAUACGCUAUUGUAAACCAAGGACUGUGACUGCGAAGGGUAUCUAGAAACCAACACCAACGUAAAGGGAUGGAUCUAAGCACGGUGGACCUGGAGUCGAGCAGGGAACGCGCUGCAGGGGCCAAGGAGGCCGAAGCGCGCGCUGAGCAAGGCGCGGACGUUGCACUCUCAUUUUCACUGCCAGGCGGCGAGAAAGUUGUCCACAGGUUUAAAAUGGGCGUCACGGUUGCGUACGUGAAGGCUCAGGUGGCUGCGCAGCAGGGGCUGGAGUUCUCGCGCGUGCGGCUGCUGCUGGGCGGGCGCGCGUUGCUGGACCCGCUAUCGCUCUCGGACUGCCCGGGCAUCACACCGGGGCAGGAGGUGGCGGUGGAGGUGGCGCUGGCGUGAGCGGCGGGUGGGGGUGUUGGGUUUGAUGGUUGCCCCGAUGCAACCUGAUGAGCGGGGGUUUGGGCCGCAUGUGCCGCAGUGGACGAGAGUACGCAGGGAAAGUCGGGGGAGAGGGAAGUUGUCGACAGUAGUGGCAUGGAUCGUGCAAACUGGGUGGCGAUGGUGCGAAAUGGUGCUGUACAUGGGGGUUACCGGUAGGAUAUGGAGAAUGGUGUGCUAUGGAUGGGGAGGCAAACUCACAGUGUUUGUAGCUGGGCUAAUGGGUUUGCAAUUCCCUGGGAAAUGAGCGUCGUAUGCUUCCCCCCUGUGGUUGGCGACGGCUGGACUUCCACGCGUCGUAUCGGUAAGGAGGGGCGCGCGUGUACACUGGUUAUCGUUGUUAAUGCAGUGCAUAGAAGGACGGACUGGAUGGCAAAGCGAAGCCGCUGCUUUGUGAGUCGUGUUAAUUGGGAGGAGAGAACGAUACUAAGGGACACCAGAUCCUCUUUUCCUGGGGUUUUGGCAGGCCGGAUAGCGUGUUACCGCAACUGUUUAUGCGUUUACAAUGGUUUGUUGCCGCGGUUCUUUCACUCUUACGAGUAGUGCUCAUACACUGGUGCGAUUGCAGGUGCGCGCGCGCGUUAUCCACGAAUAGGUUGGAGGGGCCGGGCCUCAGCUGCCCUCAGCCAAGGAGGUCCAGUAGGUACAGGUCUGUAAGAGGCGAUUGUAGAAAUGGCUUCCCCCUUGUUGCGUUCCUCCCACAACUCGUGAGACAGUUGGACAAUUGGUCCUCGUAUCACGACUUGCGCACAACAAAAGCGGUUGGCUUGGCCACGUUCCUGUGGUGGGCUGCAUGGGUACGUGUGCCUGUCGGGAGAGACUGCUUGUCAGGCCAUGUCUGCCGGUAUCGGUAGUUAUCAGGUAUAUGGUGUACUAUGUGGUACGAUGAGGUAGCCAUGCCGACUAGAGUAAGGUAUAUGGCGAUACCGACGUUUUCACUGUGCUCCGCGAGAAGUAUCUGGAAUCCGUGUAGAUAGUACAAGGCAAGACACUUGAUUUGAAGGCGACCGGCACCACCCCCAUGCCAGCUGGAUACGAACGCACUCGAGUGCUGUGCCCCAUACCCGUUACCCAGACGUAAACGUCAGCCUCAUUAUUGCCACGGCUGGCUCGAGUCCAGCUGUGCACUAGUUCCUAACAACCGUGGUGCAGUCCACUUACAGGGUGUUUACACUCGAUGUUAUGUUAGCGGCUCCACUAAGGAAUAAAUAAUUGGGCAAGACUUGUCUUCGUCAGAGGGGC